UUUCCGUUAUUUUCUGCUCCGGCCGUUCCCCGCCCUAUCCUGGGCCCAGGGGGCUGCGAUCUGAACUUGGGUCGACUGGAGGAGUCAGUGAAGUCUUCUGGGUGAAGGAGCUGAGGCGGAGUUCGAGGAAAGGGCUAGAGCCUGAGUGUAGAGAAAGGAAUGGGAAGAUUCGAGGCGUGAGGCUUGAGAACCUGCCGCUGCCUGGGAAGAGGGUGGGAUCCAAAUGAUCGACAGAGAGGGUGGGAAAUGGGGAACGUGCAGUCGGAGCCGUCUGCGGGCGGAGGCUCCCAAAAAGAGCAGGCCUCAAACCGCACCUCCGACUCCCGCCGGACAUCCCUGGUGCAGCCCGAGGUGACUCCCUCCUCCCCGGCCACGCGCCUGGCUCGAGGGCUGGGUGUCUGGUUCCCUGGCAGCUCCGCGCCCCCGGGAUUCCUGGUACCCCCAGAGUCCCAAGCCUCAGCUGCGUCCCUGCCCCUGACCUUAGAACUGCCCUCUUCAGUGACGCCCCCUCCAGAGGAGGCGGCUGCAGCCGCCGUCUCCACAACGUCCCCGCCCCCCGUGGGGUCCCUGCUGCCCGUGCCGUCUAAGUGGCGAAAGCCCACGGGCGCUGCGGUGCCUCGGAUCCGAGGCCUGCUGGAGGCAAGCCACCGCGGCCAGGGCGACCCUCCGAGCCUCCGCCCGCUGCCGCCGCUACCCAGGCAACUAACUGAAAAGGACCUCACUCCGGGGGCCCCAGUCCCAGCUCUGACGCCCCUGGAGCCUCGGAAACCGCCACCGCUGCCACCUUCCGAGCGGCAGCCCCCGAGUCGCGGCAUUACUCCAGCCCUGGCAACCUCCGCCACCGGCCCCACUGACAGCCAGGCCAAGUUCGGCACCGAGAGCCAGAGGGCCAGCGGGGCCCGCGAGGGGGCGCCUCCCCAGGCGGGCGAAGGCGAAAUGGCCCGAUCUGCCGCUUCCGAGUCCAGCCUGAGCCUUCUGUGUAAAGUCACCUUCAAGUCGGGGACCCCUUUGUCCCCUGCGACAGCCUCAGGUCCUUUAAAAGCCAAAGCCUCCCUCGGGGGUGGCAGAGGCGGGGGACUCUUCGCCACCUCGGGCGCCAUCUCCUAUGCUCAGGUCCUGAAGCAGGGAUCCCUGGCGCCUGGAGCCCCUCGACCCCCAGGAGAGGUCCUUCGUGGGGCACAGGAAAGCGAGGGCGGUGAAGGAGACAGUGAAGGGUGUUCUGGUCCCCCCUCCGGGCCCGAGUCCCACACACGGGCCCUACCACCGCCAGCCUACACCACUUUUCCUGGCUCGAAACCCAAAUUUGACUGGGUGAGUCCCCCCGAAGGCCCUGAACGACACUUCCGCUUCAACGGGGCUGGCGGAGGCGUCGGGGCGCCCAGACGGCGUACAGCCACACUCUCGGGGCCCUGGGGCUCCCCUCCUCCCCUGCGAGGGCUGAAGCAUCCUGCUCCCGGGCCCCGGAGGCCCACUCCUCCUCUGCUGGCGCCGCCUAUGUUCAUCUUUCCGGCGCCCCCCAAAGGCGAGGCCGUGCGUCCCACGCCUCCUAGUCAGCAGCAGUCACCACCGCCGCCGCCACCGCCGCCGCCGCCGCCACCGCCGCCGCCACCAUCACCACCCGCACUACCGCCACCGCCCAGGCCACCAACCACCUCGCCACCGCCGGUGCCUCCACCCACAUUGCAGCAGCCUGCGUCUCAACAGAUGCCUAUGGCAGUGGCCCGACCGCCCACUCCGCUCCCUGUCCCUGUCCCUGUCCCUGUCCCUGUCCCCGGCCCCAGCCCUGGCCCCAGCCCCUGGGAGUCAACUGUAGUUCUUGCCCCAACUCCUCCUUUAGUUCCUACCUUGGCAGCUGAUCAAGCCCUGGCACUGGUCCCAGAGCCGGCAGUGGCCCCACCUCUGCCCUCAGCCCCACCCCUACCCCCAGCCACAGCCCCAUUCCCUUCCCCGUCCCCAUCCCCAGUUCCUGCCGCGGCCACCAAUGAGCCAUUGCCCCCUGCGCCUACACUCGCACUUGCGCCCACACCCACUAAGACUCGCACGCGCAGGAAUAAGCGUUCUCGCAUCGCUCGAGGGGCGACCCGUGAAGACCGCACGCCUGGAACUGGUCCCCGAGCAAAGACUACAGCUGUCACUGACAGAGGGGCCGCUCUGGCUGGGGUAGCUAAUACCAGUGCUGUGCCCCACUGGCCACCCUUCCAGGUGCUUAAUUCUUGUCCCUGCAAGUGUUACUGCCGCCACCAGCCGCACCAUCGCCGCCUGCCAAGCAACGUGUCGGCCUGGUUGAGCACAACUACCAACCACCUGAGUGAGCCACCUUGGGUCACCACCAUCAAGCUGGCUGGCUCCCUUGUAGCUGGGCUGCAGCACUAUGACUUGCAGGCCACCCAUUCUGACUGAGUGCAGCCUGCUCAACCACCUCUUCCUUC